AUGGCGCCCUCCUUGGUCGCCAGGAUCACGAAGUUGCACGUCGAAACGUGGACCGCGCGAUCGUCAUCUCUCUCCUCGGAGCACCCUCUGUUCCCGAUCGCGCUCACGCUCUGCGCUCUCCUCCUCAUCUACUUCCCUCGCGUUUUCUUGAACGUCGUCCUCUCGCCCUCUCUGAACGUAGGUGCAGUAGUUAUGGCACUCGCCCUCCUAAUACGUAUAGGAGCAGCUCCAGAGGCCGAGCAGUUCAAACGGGUCGGUUCAAGAUCUGUAAUGGGACGAGGGUCGGAAAUGGGCUCUUCUCCGGACCGGUGUUCCGAGGUUUCUUUUGCCGGGUGGGACGUGAAAGCGCCUCUAGGAGUCAUACACGAAGGAUAUGAAGGCCAAGAAGACAACGAUGGUGGUGGCGGCCCUAAUGUGUAUGGAGGUCCGACACCGUACGUGGAGGAUACAGAUUCAGAGGCUUCGUUGGAGGGCAAGUUUACGACAACUGGUGGCGACCUGGGAUCGCCGGACAGGUGGCAGUUCCGGUGGGACAGCCUGGAGGAUGCGGAAGGGCUUAUAGAGAUUGCCUUGGAUUUGGAUGGGGAGGAAGAGAACAUGAUUGAGAUUGAAGUUUCUCCGGCGAGGAAAAAUCCACUUUUCAACAACAGAAAGUAA